AUGUCACUGUAUUCGGCGUUUUGCUGCUGUUGGGGUCGCCCAGGAGCCUCUUAUGUGACAAUUAAUGGCCAGCGAUAUGAACUGAAGAGGUUGCUCGGGGAGAGCUCGUACUCAUUUUUAUACAUGGUGACGUCGCAAGGAGGCGAGUCCUUAGCUUUGAAGAAGACGAGGUGUCCGUUCGGGAGCAUCGCAUCCCUGUCGCCCGCGAUGAAAGAGGUCAAUAACUAUAAAAGGUUCCACAGCCCUUACAUCGCACAGAUCGUGGAUUCGCAAGUAUGCCAGGAGAAGGACGGUUCCAAAACUGUAUAUGUUCUGCUGCCGUUUUUCUUCAGGGGCUCGCUGCAAGAUGAGAUCAACAGGCACUUGCUGAACUGCACGGAGAUGGAAGAACUAGAGGUGGUGCGGCUGGCCAUUGGCAUGGCGCGUGGGCUCUUGUGCAUUCACGAGGCCAGCUCCAACGACGAUUCUGAUGUCGCAUACUCUAUAUUAUCUGCUCCAUAUAACGAGGAAACGUCGUUGCUAAACGAUCUGGAGCUGGACACGUUUGGUGAAUCACCACAAGCGUAUGCUCAUCACGAUUUCAAGCCCUCGACCGUGAUGAUAUCGUCGGAGGGAAUGCCUGUCAUAAGCGAUCUAGGGUCGUGCUCAAGAGCUCGGUUGGAGAUCGGCUCGCGGCAAACUCUUUUACAGUUUCAGGAGUGGCGCUCCGAACAUUGUUCGCCUGCCUUCACAGCGCCAGAAAUCCUAGAUGUGCAACUAAAGUCUGUCAUCACCGAAAAGUGCGAUAUAUGGUCGCUAGGCUGCAUUAUUUACUCCAUGUGCUUUGGUAUCUCACCUUUUGAGCGCGAGGAGCAGAUAAGUGGUGCUUCUAUGAGAUAUGCUAUUACAACAGGACACUACACGAUACCAAGGGAUACUCAUCGCAAUCAGAGGCUUCUGGAUAUAAUCCAAAAGUGUCUGAAUAUAAAUCCCGGGGAACGCCUCUCCGUGGAUGAGGUUUUGGCCGAACUGAUGGAUCUGCAGGGCGAGUUAGUUUCGUGA